AAUACAUAUCUACAUCGCUUUGUAUCAGCCAGGCGAGCGAUAGAUUUCUUGGCCACAUGCUUUCACCAUAUUCUUUUCCAUAAAAUUUCCCAUAUCCCUUCAGUCGCCUUCAUAUAGUAAUUCAAUUAGUACAUCUUAGGCUUGUGGACGACAGUUUGUAUCGACUCUCUUCGUUGACGAGACGUCAAAAGAUCGUCAUCCCUCACAACAAUCCUUCAUCGCUUCGGCCAGUCAUCUUUGACUUGCUCACUGGAAGUCCUCUGCAAUCACUCUUUCUUCUAUGGAAUCAGCAGCCUGGCUCACGGCUCCGGUCCAGUUGACUGGGAGUCGUGCAUUCACCUGUGAUGGCUUCACCAAAGCGCAAUGCGCAUGGUACAUGAAAAGAUGGCACUUUUGGUACAUCGCAGACCAUGUCUACGCUUUGCCAACAGUAGCCUUCUUCAUGACUGGCAUUGGAUUAUUCACAAUUGGUCACUUUAUAUCAUAUUACGUUCUUGGCCUUGCGUCUCCGGGAUUUCGUGGGCCUAAACCCUGGCGUAUGUUGAUCGCCACCAUCAGAUAUCUUUCGUAUCGUGGAUUUCAUGUUGCAUCACUUGGGUUCAACUCGGCUUCCGUAGGGGUGCUGUUAUUGGGUCUGGCUGGAGCCGUCUUCUUUUUCUGUAGGUAAAACGAACAGUCUCGAACAGGAGCGAUUAUUAACGUGAGAUAGGCAUGGAUUUGAUUCCUCAGCCGUACUACUGGCCAUCGCUAGACUUUGGCGGCUCGCCACCGCUGGGAACAAGAUCAGGUUGGCUGGCUUUGGGCUGCAUGCCAUUUGUAUUUGCUACUGCAACCAAGACAAACUGGAUUACCCUGCUAACAGGCGUCUCACACGAGAGACUCCAAGUGUUCCAUCGAUGGAUAGCGUAUGCUUUUUUUGUACUUGCUCUCAUGCACACAUUCCCAUUUAUUGUGUAUCAUAUCAGAUUUCACGAUAUGCAGAUGCAUUUUAAGAUGAGCCUCUUGUUCUAUUGGACUGGUAUCGUCGCCUUGAUCUUCCAGGCCUGGCUGACCUUUGCGUCGCACAGUGCCAUUCGAAAGCUAUUGGGAUAUGAAUUCUUCAAGGCAACGCACUUCCUUGCUGUUGUAAUAUUCAUGCUUACUUUCUUUUGGCACUGCGACUACACCUUAACAUCAUGGCACUAUUUCAUAGGAACAGCUGCUGUAUAUGUUCCAUGUUACCUCUACCCAUGGCUACGAACCUGCUUCGAGUAUGGAGUUCGAACAAAAGCUCAUAUCAAAGUGGAGGACAACGGUUUCGUCCGUAUCACCAUCCCGGCCAACUUGACAUGGGAAAUAGGACAGCACUGCUUCCUGCGCUUCACUAGCUUUGGACUUACACAAGCCUUGUCAGCGCACCCAUUUACCAUCUGCUCCCUACCAGCAAUAUCCCCAGACGACCAGUCAUUCCUUGUCUUUUACCUCAAGCGACACCGAGGUUUUACAGCGAAGCUCUAUGAGUAUGCCUUACAGAACCCGGGAGCUCAAGUUUCGGUGCUGGUUGAUGGACCAUAUGGUGGCGUCAACACACAGAACCUUGUGAACAGCAACCAUCUUGUUGUCAUCGCGGGAGGGUCAGGAGCUGGCUGGACUUUGCCUUUCAUCGAGCAGUAUAUUGCGUCCCAGACACGUCGGGCCGAUGAAGAGUGUAAAGAGGGCGAAAGAGGGGGAUCUCCGUUCUUAUCGCUUCGCCUGAUACUGGCAAGUCGAGAUGCUGAGAGCUGCAGCUGGUAUCGACAAGUUGUGAGCGAAAUGCUGCUCAACUACUCAGACAAAAUGAUAUCGGGCUUGCAAGUGCAGAUCCAUCGCACCAGCGGAGGUGUAGCAGAGUCAAGCCUCCCGUCUAUCAGUAGCGUCGCGCCUGGCAACAAAGAGUCGGGAAAUGAAAGAGCGACAGAAGGUCUGAUAUCAUUUGACGAACUAUCCGGGCGACCCGACUUGCCAGGAAUGCUGAAAGAGCUGGCAAGAGGUAUGAUAUCGACUGACUCGCUAGGUGUAUAUGUCUGUGGUCCGGAUACGAUGCAGAAUGAUGUUCGAAACGCUGUGGCAUCUCUCAACUUGGAUAUCCUUGGGGGUGCAGAUUCCGCGGGUGUGUACUUGCAUUCUGAACACUUCUCUUGGGCAUGAGCGUCAAUUCGAUCGCCAGCUUCAGUUAAAAAAAGAAAAAAAAGCAAAUCUCCUUCGAUCAGAGCUAGAGGGAAAUUGUGACUAGAUAUUGUUAGCUCAACCAGCACCACAGGGUCUCAUACAACCAAUAGCUCAAGGGAGAAACUGAUCAAAAUAGACAGUAAGCCUGUACUGAGCUUCCAUGGGCACUUCUACCGUCUAGUAAAGUGCUCGUAAUCUUCCUCGCCAUUCCCUGUAGAAAAGUGUCCUGAGCGAGUGUUCAAGAUCAGCACCCACCACCAUCGGGCAAUUCUGGCAGCCUGCUUUAAGGUCGAGAUAUUACAUAGAAAAACACGUAAUAUAUUUUUCUUGUGCAACCU